AUGGCCAACCAUCAAGUAAAUCCCGCAUAUUACUUCCCAGGCCACGGCCCUCCUCGCUUAUAUACGGAGUUCAGAGUCGGUAGUGGCCGGGUGUUCCCCACAGAGUUCACUCCUCCAUGUCCAGAUGAUACUCCACAGUCCUUGUUCCCCCAUUGCCCUAAAGUCACAGUAACGGACCGAGUCCAUCGAUUCAUCCGCCUCAACCACGACAACCGCUCCGUCGAGGACGAAUUUCUCAUCUAUACCGGCGCCACGUGUUUCGAUAGCGGCAGAAUGAACGCCAGAGCGGGUUGUUCCUUUGUUUAUAACAAUUCCACAUCUGGUUUCGCACGCUUUCCCCUCGAGUACAAAGGGCCCACUGGUCAACAGCACACCAUGACAAUUGACCGGGCACACAUUCGCGCCGCCAUUGCAGCUCUGCGAUAUCGAGACUGGGCUGCAGAUGACUUUAGUCGUCUGAUCAUUGCAACAGACUCGGAGUAUCUGGUGGAGGGUAUCACAAUCUCGAUGAGGGAAUGGCUACAUUGGAACUGGAUGACGCACGCCGGGGAACCGAUCAGGAAUCGGGAUCUUUGGGAGUGUCUUCUGGGGGAGGUGGAAAUCUGGGAGGAGAGUGGGAUGAGUGUCCAAUUCUGGCAGAUUCCCAGAGAGUCGAACAUAAAGGCAGACCGUCAUGCUAGACACGCUGCGUUUAUGGAAAGACAUCGCGAGUUUACGGAUCUUGAUGGUAUCGGCACUAGUUCUAUCUAG